AUGUCUUCCAUCAAUGUUGAUCUUGAUUUACAGCAAACCAAUCGAAUGAAAGAAAUUUCUUUAGAUGGCAAAGAAAGCUACGUUGAAAAACUAUCGCCUUCAGCCAAGUUACUUCAGUUUGCUCAACAGAUUGAUUUUAAUCAAUUAUUCGAUCAUGGCGAUGAAGAAAAUGAUAACGCAUCGACUACUAAUGAAAAAGAAGAAAAUUCGAUGUCAGCUAAUCAGACGGUAGCGACAAGACCCUGGGAUUCUGUUCAAUCCAGUUUGAGGAGCGCUCUGGUCGAGAUUAGUGCCCUUGCAGAUCUACUAAAGGUAUCUGGGCAAAAAAAGUACGUAGUUCUGGAUCCAGUACAGGGUGAAAAGUCUUCAUCAAGCUCAAUGGUUCAAUUAUUGGCUAAGAAAAAGAAUUUGUCUGGAGCCGCUAGUAUAUUACGUAAAGGAUCCGAUGAGAUUGGACAGUAUGAUGAAGACGGUCGAAGUGGGUAUUACUCUAACCUAGCAAAAUUGCGUAAGAAUUGGAAAUUACGGCGAAUUGGGCCUAGAAUUGUCGGAGACCUCACACUAGUUAGAUCAAGUAAUGAAAUUAAUACAUGCCCGACGACCUUUUUGCAUAUUAAUCGAACUACAUGGCCAUUAUGGCACAGGAAAUUAAAAGACGCACAAAAUGUCUUAUUUUGUAAAAUAUUAUUCAACAAGCUUGUACAGGAGUCGUACCAAGGAAACAAUCAAUUUCAGUGUCGUUUAAUAGGCAAUAAAUUGGAAAUAAAGCUAGCAGAUCGUAUCUGGCUGUGUAUUAUAGAUCAUCAUUUCUACGAUGAAUCAGAUCAAUUAUGUGAAGAAAAUCUGUUACAAGAAAUGCACAAGAAACCAAAUACAAAUUCAAAAGGACGGUCUGGUAAAAAACGAGCUAAUCAGAAAGAUACCUCAACGAAAAAGAACAACGAUAAUACUAGCAUUUUAUGGAAUAUCAUACCACAAAUCCAACAUAUGCUACUUCGAAGAAGGGUUGCUAAAACAAUUGAUUCCGUGGCGUGCUCUGUUUAUGAUGCUUGUAUGUGUGUUCAUUGGCACAAUUUAAGUUGUAGUAAAUCUUCUACAGCUACAAUUAUCAUCUCGCAAAAGAAUGCUAGGAGCUUUAAUAGGAAAAUGCUUCGUCUUACUGUAGAAUCAGAUAAAAUAAGUGCCAUCUGCCCCAAUAAUGCAGUUUUCAGCUUCAAAUCGGACGUACAUUCUGUAGCAAAGUUCUUAGAGAGUGAGGUUCAUUCAUACUUGUGUGAUACCAUCAUAAAAGUUGGCAUUGCUGCAGGCUGGCAUCAGCUAUUAAAACGAAGUGAUACGAGUACUCGUACGUUAACGGAACGAAAUCAAGUCUUUCAUAUUGUUUUGUUAUCUCCAAACAAGCAGACCUCACUAUAUGUUCGUGUAAAUCCUCUGGAGACCAUCUCUUUCUUUGCUAAAAUAUUAAAAGACUCUACUGAGUGUCCUAAGAGUCAAGGAAACGAUCUAGCUACAUUGAAGAAGAUUAAUUGGGAGAGAAUAUACGGGACAACGCUAAAUAUCAGAUUACGAAUGUUAUUUGCAGCAUUAGCGUAA